CGGUCCAUAAACACGCAAAAAAAGAACGAGGCCAAUAUCCAGCCAUCUUGACCUCAUGCUUGGUUAAUAACGGCUUUAUUAUAUGGAUAGAAAACCCAAAUAUUUUCUUGCGGCACACAGUGGGUAAUCCCGAGCGGGCCAGAUAGCACUAUCUUGCCCGCUCGGGUAGCCAAUCACAGCUAAGCUCACAGAGCUAACCAUAUAAUAAAUCGGGUUUCAAUUGGAUUGGUACGUAAAUGAAGUUCAAAGAAUUCAGACUAACUUGAUAUAGACACAUGUUAAUGUUACCCCUCUCGUGACGUCUUAGUUCUCUGAUCACUCAUUCAAUUGUACUGAUGUAAUUAUAAAUGACAACAUACAGCGACACUUGAUAAGAGAAGAGCUAACAAACAAACCUGAACACUAAUCUUGCCGGUGUAUGUCACAAACGGAUGACUUUAUUUAGUUCCCAGUUUAGUUAGGCUGUAUUCGAGAAACAGUGAAGUCAUCUUGACUAUACCAUGAUCAAAUAUCGAUAACGUAGAUUGCAAUGAUAUAGGUAAAGUUAUCAGCGAAGGAUUGAACUCUCAACCAGAGCGAAGAGCGAAUUUCCACGAAACGUGAGUACUCUGUACAAAUGUUGAGUCCUUUUCUUCUAUCACGAGUAUUAUAUUAUCUCGAACGUUUGUAUCUUAACGUCAUCGCAAUUUAAGAAUUAUUUGAUAAACACUUGUCUACGAACUUACUCUUGCAACUUGCACGAUAGUGUACAUUGCACGGAUUGCGUCAGACAUACAAAAUUGAUCGGGUCGGCUGAAGAUGUACACGAAAACUAAGCAAAGCCGACGUAACGAGGAAUUUAACUUGAUUUUUACAUGUAAAUACGGAAUACGUUUUGGCUGGCCUGACUACCAGCAUUCUUCAGGUGCGUAAAGAGGAGAUUUACAAAAAUAUUUCACAUGUUUUACGAGUAGCUAUUGUGAAGCGCGUUGGAUAUGUUGACAGACCGUUGACAUUUCUGUUAAGUAGAUAACUGUAGGUUUCAUCGCGGCUUCUAAAACCGGUAGUGAAUUAUUUAAAACCCAAUUACCGCUUGUCAUGGCUUCCUGUGUCCUUGGGCCUUUCAACAGUUUAACAACCCUGACUCCACAUGCAGAUUCAUUGGUAUUCAUACAUUUCUCAUAUAGUGCUAGACUAUACGCAGCCUGUAUAAACCAAUAUAGUUUCUUUUUUCAGUUUCGGAAAUCAGCUGCGAUAAUCUGAUCCCCCGGGAAAACUUCGAUGUUAAAGUAAGGGACGGGUGGGUGAGUCGGAAAAUUGGAAUUGUGGGCUAGAGCUUUACAAUUACAACACUUUAAGACACUUGAAAGCAGACAGACAACGAUGCACUGUUAUGAUAAAACACGUUGUGAUCGAAUACUUUCUCCUACAAGUAUAUUCUACAUGCAUUUCCACGCUUUCAAUUAUUUCUUCCUCGCGUGCAACCCUAAAAAAGAUACCUUGACGGCUAAAAAUAGUGGCAUUUGUUCCUGACCAAAAUCAUGCUGGGAUUUACACCUCUAAGCAAGACGACAUAAUAGCCCCUUCCCCUCCCUCCCUCCCUCUCCAUACCUGACACUUUGUAUCAAUAUUUUAAAGAGAAACAAGCAUUUCAUCGAAUAUACAAUAGUAGCGAACAUAUUGUUUCCCCAAGCAAUAUAAACACAUUGUUACUAGACAGACAGGUAACACUUGAUGUAACGAAAAAUUCUCCAAACUAACAUCCAUAGAUCUGUACAGUUGUAAGUGAGGAGAACUCGGCUAUCAAUCAAAAGAAGCGGCGUGGAGGAAGUGGGUCUCCUGAUUAGCGGCAGACGCAGACGCCGAAUAUUGUCAUUCCUUUACCUUGUGCUUGCGUCAUCAAUACCGUUACAAUCUAUUUUACCUUUCGAUCGAGUACACAAUUCCAUUAAUUUUAAUUUUAGCAAACUCCACGAUCUCUAGGGCUCAAUAACUUUGAGAUAGUGUUGCAGUUUCGCUCUUGAUUUUCAAAAUCUCUAAUAACCUGCGAAAUGCGGGAAUAAACUGACAUAAUUUGUUUCAUUUCGGUGGCCGCUAAAAAUAAGAGUAACUUUAACCAGACACCAAAAUUGACGCACUGCAAUUAUAAAUUAUUAAAUAUCCGUAGUUAAACAAUAGUAUCUCACUAUUGUUGACAAAUUUAUCCACUGUUUUGUUUCUUAAAUGAUUUCUUGCAUGCCUAAGUUUUAAAAUACCAUAUCAGGUCACGAGGCGUAAUUUAAUCCAGUCAUCAGUUUCACAGCACGUCUAAUCGAGACGAAACACGCAACAGGUUUGGUAAAAAUAGAUUUUUAAUUUACCACGACAGCUCUGCCAUGGCAUCUGGGAGCGUUAAAUUAGGACGAGUUUCAAACGAUAUUGAAGAGAACGCAAGUUUGCGUGAAAUAACUUUGUAAGCACGCACUUUAAGAAAAUUUACAGGCCGCCCAAUAUUAUACUUACCACGAAUACGAUAUCUAAAUCACGGAAUCCACAUUUAUCUCGCCGGAAGAGAAUAAAAUCGCUCAUCGGCUCCAAGAAACUAAAUAUUUACAUGAGAGUUUCAACAAAGAAUAGUUCCCUUCAUAUAUAUUUACAUACUUUUUGGUAAUCCGACUCAUUAAUUAUUUAUAUUAGAGCGCAUUGUUUGGCACAUAAACAAAAUGAGUAGCAUUUGACAGAUUGGGGCCUCAGGACAAGUGUCCGGGACACUUGGCGAAAGUCAAUGGGAAGAUGUCAUAGUGAAACAUAUCGAUCGAUUUUAUGGUGGCAAUUUUAUUCGUGAACAAAUGGGAAAUACACAAGGGAGAAGCCCUGAAGAUAAACACAAGAAAAGAAAGGGGAAAUCCCCAAAAGGUCAUCCCAGAAAGGAAUUCUCUCCUACACCAGGCCAGACUGCCACGUCAAACCUGAAUGGUCCUGUCCCAGUCAACAGCAACCACAGGGAAAGUUCAAUUCAUAUGCCUUUAAAGGAGUAUGAGGUCCCAGAUUUCUUGAAGGAUACUCAAACACAGCGCCAUCAUGAAAAUGGUACAUCUCCAGUGGUGAAGCGGAAUCUUAAGGAUCCAGAUUUCUCCUCGAGGAGUGGUCAAGGGCUGAUGAUACCCAGAGAAGAGUUAGCCGUGCCUGAGUUUCUAAGAAAUAGCGAGGAUAGACAAGGCAAUGAACGAUCACAGCAAGGUGGAAACCCUGCAAUGGUGAAUCACAAGUCUGCUGGUGCUCAGGCAAAUGCAAGAAUGGAAACCAGAGGCAGAGCUGAAAGGCAAAGGCCAUCUAAUAGUGCUGCAAAAAUAGAGGGUAAGAAUAUGAGAGACUUCACCAAAAUGAAUGGAGAACAGAGAGUUCACGAUCGCCAAAGAGAUGCCACUACAUUUCAUACACAGGACCAGGAUUCUAGAGUAGUAAGGAAGCAACAGCAAAAUGGCCAGAGUGGUGACUUUCAAAAGAAGCUAAGCCGUGCGUCAACUGACUCACUGGAUAAACUUGUUCAAGCAGGAACAAACAUGAAAGGAACUUUAUCUUCAAAAACAAGCUCCGACACUGACAGUGAUUUCAGGGCACGAAACCGAAUAAUAUUUGUGGAAGCAGAAAGAAGAGAAGAAAUAGGAGCUAAUGAGGAUAUGUCAUUGAAAAGAAAGUACAAAAAGGGAGGAAAUAAGGGUAGAACUAAAGGACAAAAUGGUGGAAAUGACAUGGAAUUAGCACAAAGACUUGGACCGUCGGUUAGACUACAGACAAAUCCUGGUGGAAGACGUAAGUCAAACAACUGGCCAACAGACACUGAUAGUGUCCAAAGCACUUCAUCACAGUCUUUCACUGAACCUAUUUCCACCAUGUCUUCUGAGAAGGACAAAUUCAGUGUUUCUGUCAGAGAUCAUGGGAACCUAAUCUUGAAAGGUGUGAACUUCAAAUCUAACGGGCUUCUUUCUUCUACGGCCAAAUUACCAGGAACCCCAAAUGGUCAUGUUGAAGAUGAUGCAGAUUUGCCUUCUCCUAAAGGGAGAAAUGCUAAUAAUACUAGCCUUGGUUACAAUGAAAGUUCACCAGAGGAAGAAGCUCGUAAAAUUAAGAGGAAAGACUCUUUGCAAGCUCAGUUACGCAACAGACUUACAAAAGUGGAAAAAGUAAAACCACCUCCACCGAGGGCGAGAUAUGAUAGCGAUUCAACAACCAUCAGUGAUCACAGCGCGUUUGAAGACAUAUUUCCACAUUAUCCCAGGAAAAAGUCAACAUUUGGGAUCAACUCUUUGAACGAUCUACCUGAGGAUAUUUUGAUUCUCAUUCUUUCUUACCUGUCGACAAAAGACCUUUGCAAGGCAUCAGGUGUCUGUCAAAAAUGGCAGGCUCUCUGCUGGGAUCCAGUACUGUGGUCAACAAUCCAAAUUGCCAAUUAUGAAGGCAGCGACAUCAACAAAGUUUUACGGAACAUUUUGGCAAAACUAGCUAUGGACACACAAGGUUAUUGCAUCACAGUGCACUCAGUUAAAUUAAAUGGGUGCGAACUUCUCUCUGACAAAGGUUUGGGUUUUGUGGCACGAUUUUGCAUAGACUUGGAAGAGCUUGAUGUCUCUGGCUGUUGUUGUAUCACGAGCAAGGGUCUUCAUGACAUAUUACUGAAUUGCCACACCCUUAGCCAUCUCGAUACCAGUGGUUGUACCUGUGUGAACAGCAUAUCAGCCCCAGUGGCUAAUGGAUUUGGCUUGGGACAUCACGGAACUUUUCUCCAGUUGCGGCAUUUGGACUUAAGUGACUGUGUCGCUUUUGAUGACUUGGGAAUGAGAGUAGUGGGUCUCAGUUGUGGUUUACUGGAGAAUUUGUAUCUCCGCAGGUGCAGUCGUGUCACAGAUGUUGGUGUCAAACAUAUUGCACAGCAUUGUGUUCACCUGAAAGAGCUCAGUGUUAGCGACUGCUACAAAGUUAGAGAUUUUAGUUUGAAGGAAAUUGCCAAGAACUGUCCGAGUCUGAAAUAUCUGAGUGCGGCGAAAUGUCCAGUGACAGACACUGCUAUGAAGUACAUUGGAAAGCAUUGUGUAAAGUUAAAGUACUUGAACAUCAGAGGAUGUGAAGCUGUGUCAGAUGUUGGCAUCACUCACAUUGUUCAAAACUGCUUGAAGCUGAGAUCUCUUGAUGCAGGAAAGUGUGACAUCACAGACAAUGGCCUUCACAUUAUAGGCAUACACUGUCCUCAACUGAAAAAGCUCAGUAUACGAGGAUGCGAACAUGUGACUGACACUGGAGUCAAGACUAUUGCAGCACAGUGUUGCAGUGUGCAGUACUUAAACUUGCAGGAAUGCAACAUCAGCUAUGAAACCUUCAUGUACAUAAGAGAGCAUUGCAAGAACUGUGUUAUUGAGCACACGUGUCCUGCUUUUUUCUAAGCCAGCCCUUCCAAGGUGAUGUGCACUGAAAUCCUACUCACUCUCACGAAAGUUAGAUAUCGUCUCAUAUUCCCCAAUGCAUCACAUAACCAGAAUCUUCGUGUAUCAGUAUACAUGAAUAUUUUUGCAGGCAUGUCACUGUCACUAUACGACACAGGACCUAAUAUAUUCAGUAUAAAACUGGUUGAGGUAAAUUAGUUUCAUUGCUACUAUCAUAAUGUCUUUAGUAAUAUUCAUUAGAUGUAGAAGACCAUAUUUGUAUUCUCGGUAUUGGACUGGAAGUAGCUUGCAAUGGAGGCUCAUGCGGAGGAAAUGUCAUUAAAAAGAGAUAAAUUCCAUUUGCAUUCGAAAAGAUUCCCCGCAUUAGCAUCAAUUGCAAGCCAGUUCCAGUCCAAUGCCAAGAAUACGAAUGUGGCCUAUUUCAUGGCGCCUUCCUGAAGGUGUACUCUGG